AACGGGGACUGACGCAUGGCUGCGCAUGGAUGCGCUGAACCCUCGCGCAUGUGCGUCUGGGUAAACUGGCGCACAAAUUCUCCCCCGUUCAGGGGGGAGGAGCGUCUGCACCGGGACGCCACACGACGCAGCGGCAGCAGCAGCGGCGGCAGCAGCAUCAAACCCUCCAGGUCCACCUCCUGCAGGCAGUGCGUCCCCCUCCCUCCACACCUGUAAGGUCACUUCCAGCCGCACGCCGAGCGGAAAACGCACAACAAAGCGGAGCAACAGACAAAUAUGAUCGACACCACUUGAGGGCAGAGCAUCGGAACGACAAAGGUGGAAAAAAAUCUGUUUAGAAAUGAUGAUGUAUCUGAUCCAGGUGGUCUUAAUUCUUGUCGUGACAGGCAUGGUAAAAGGCUGGGAAUGCAGCGCAGGGUGCAGUCCAGAAAAUGGGUUUUGUGAGAGGCAGGGGAAGUGCAGGUGCAAGCCUGGGUGGCAAGGAGAGAACUGUGACCGGUGCAUUCCCUUCCCUGGAUGUCUGCACGGCUCAUGUGAGAAGGCAUGGCAGUGUCUCUGCGAGGAGGGCUGGGUGGGCAGCCUGUGUGACCAAGAUACUCGCCUGUGCUCAUCCAGGCCGUGUUCCAGCAACGCCACCUGCAUAGAGACGGGAGAGGGAGGAUACAUGUGCAUCUGUCCUCAAGGAUUUGCCGGAAAAGACUGCCAUUUGAAGAAGCAGCUCUGCCUGGAGUACGGCUCCCCGUGUCAGAAUGGAGGCACAUGUGUGGAAGCUAGCGGCUCGGCAGCAUCCACUUCCUGUUCCUGUCCCUCUGGGUUUUCCGGAGACUUCUGUGAGCUCGGCGUUGACAGCUGCCAGCCUAACCCCUGCCUCAACGGUGGCAACUGCACAAACCACGGCCUCACUUUCACGUGCGCCUGUCCGCCGGGCUUCACCGGCUUCACCUGCAACGACAGCGUCUCCUCCUGCGCUGGCAGGCCCUGUUCCAGCGAGGGGACGUGCGUCCGUCAGCGCGACGGAACCUUCCAGUGCGUCUGCCAGAAAGGGUUUGCGGGUCCGACUUGUUCUCUGCGCCACAGACCGAAGAGCAGAAACAAGCCACUUGGCGCUCGGCCGGUGGAACACCGCGUGCUCGCCCUGGCGCCCCAGCACUACUCUCUGCCCGCCCACGCCUUUCACAAGCUGCUGAAACCCCCCGAGAGAGACCUGCUGAAGAUCACCCUGAAGGAGACCGUCCACUCCUCCGGCGUCCUCGUCACCCACGGUCAGCUCAUCUGCUUCGGCAUGCUGGCCCUGCUCACCUGCCUGGUCAUUCUAGGCACGACGGGGAUCGUUUUAUUUGGCCGCUGCGAGACGUGGCUGGCUAACGCCAAGUACAGCCAGCUUGUUCGACAGCAGCGGGAACACCUGCUGAGGGAAGCGGGAAGCCCGAGCCAGGAAGAGCCGGAGCACUCGGUAAACAUCAUCCUGCCAGAGAAGAUUAGACUCUCCAGCUUCGGGAGACACUACACCUCAAUCUGAUUUAAACUUCCACUCGGUCCGUCAAAAUAAAAGCUUCCACGACGGAGGGUGACUCUAAAAAAACAGAUUCUGAAUAUUAUGUUCCAGUUACGAAUAAUCAUUAAAAAUGUACAGAAGCUGAAAAGAUCUCAUUGCCUGACAUUUCGGAAGUGAAUAACGGCUCCAGUUUGAUGGGAAAUAAAACGAAUAAUCAGUUUGUGAAUCUCUUGAUCAAUCUUGUCACAUUUCUCAAUCAUGCAGAGACUGGUCAAAAGAAGUGAGAACAAACAUUUUAAAUACAAAUCUAAUGACAAACUUACCAUGUACAUGUGACAUUGUUAAAUGUUAUACAUUUGAUAUGUAUUUACUGAAUUCUUCAGCUAAUUCCUGCACAGGAGGGGGUCAUUUUUUAGAUGUGUUUAUUUUCAUAUUGUAACAGUGUUUUGUCCUUGUAUUUUUACAUUGAAGUGAAAGUUUAGUCUGACAUAAAGGCGACCUGUUGGGGGGGCUGGAAUUUGGGCGCUAAUGUCCAUAAACACAAAUAAUGGGAAGAAAUCCACUUAAAAAAAGAGGGAAUCAAGCUUUCUAAAAAAGUAGAUACUUAUUUAAAGGCUUUUUGUUACAGAUUUUUUUUUUAACUAUUUGAGGCAACAAAUGUUGCCAAAAAAAAGAUCCAUAAUUUAAACUGCUGCCACAUCCAAAUGUAAGGUGUAACUGACACUUCCCACAAAGAUGCUGCAGAUCAGUCGUAUGUUGGGCGUCCGCCAUGAAACCAUGACUGUUGUAUUUAUAGAACAUCAGGUACUCUGUGAGACCCGUCAGUGCUUUAUCUCCACGUCUUCAAUAUUUUCUGAACCUUUAGGGACCUCAGAGCAGAUCUAUGUACGAGAUUUUAUUUUACUCCUGCAUGAAAAAAAAAAAAAAACUUUCGUUAUUCCCUCGCAUGCAUCUAAAACAUCCUGAUUUGCCUGUUCAAUGCAUAUUAUAGUUGUGAUUGUAAAAGAGUUUGAGGCUUUUUUUGUUUUAUAUUGCCAUUUAAUUUGUGCUAUCCCAAUUUUAUUGCCUUUUUUUAAAAUAAACUCCAUGAAAUAUC